AUGGAUUUCGAAUUCCCUCAAUUAUUGAACCCAACUGAUAACCAACCCUAUGUUCUUGUUUCUGAGCCAAAGGAAGUGUUGAAUAGCAAGUUAUUGACUGCUAGACAUGUAACUCAAAAACUACAUGAAACUGGAGAAAAGACUGAACUAGUUGUUAUUACAGACUUUUUAUAGGAUUUAACUAAAAAGUCUCCUUUAGCUUAUGUUCCAGAUGCUGAAUCAUAGGAGCUUGUUCAAAAUUACAAAAAGAAAAAAUAAGCUUAUGAGACUUAAGUGUAAGAACAAGUUGGCUCUUUUAAAUAACUAAAUUAAAAACUUAAGUAAGGUUAUGAGGAUGCUUGCAAUAAUAUUGUGUCUAAGUUGGUGGGAAGUGCUUAAGGCGAAGGUGACAACGUGUAAAGAGCAUUUGAUUCCUUGUAGACAGUUUUAAAAAGUGAUCCUGAAUAGGAGGCUACAAUUCCAAAGCCAAAAGAAAUAGUAGAUAAAAUAUCUGAAUUGAGAGCAGCCCCAGAAUUACCAGAAUACCUGUUUGCAACAACAAAAAAGGUGAGAGCUUGGAGAAAUGCCCCAAAUGAAUUGUGUGUGUGGAAUAAAACCAAAGAAUAGUUCUACAGAGAUAAUUUGGAAUAGAGUUUAAAUUAGGCUGUUUAGGACAAAACUGAAUUAGCUUUAAAGUUUUGGAAUUCCUAAAUUAAGAAAUUGGGAGAACAAUUGUUAAACAUCAUCUAAGAAGACUCUUCUAUUUAAUAACAAAACUUCGUGAGUCUUAAUAUUGAGACAGCUGAAGCAUUUGCAUUAUUGUUAAAUACAAUGAUUACUCCAGAGACAAGAAUAAUACUCCAUAUUGGAGAUUUUACCCUAGAGUAAUCAAAGUCUAUUGCAGAAUCAAUAUCAAGGUUAACAGGCAUUUUGAAUUUAUAAAUUAACUGGAGAGUCAGUGGAAAGGCCUAAGGAUUGUCACAUAUUGCUUAAGCAAUAUCACAAGCAGAAUAGUUAAAGGUGUUGACUUUUGAAUUCUCAUCAUAGGUCUAAGCAAAUUCAGCAAAAGACUUCUUUAACGAAUUUAAGAAUGUGAAAUUACCUAAUUUAGAGGAAGUAAAUGUAUUGGCAGAAUAAUCGAAUGUUAAUGCAGCAGUCUAACACAUUUCUAAAGCUGUGAAAUCUAUUGGAGGAAGUUAAGUUACAAGAGUGUUAUUCAACUUCAGUCAAUCUCAAGUUGAUAAUAAAUCAGCUCAAUAAUUGGGAGAUGCCUUGUCAACAUACAAAGGAGUCAAGAAGCUUACACUUAACUUCUCAGGAUACUCCUUAUAAAGUAAUGCUAUUAAAGAUGAUGGAUUUGCUGGAUUAAUCCAAAACGUAACCAAUUUCGCUGAAACUCUUGUUGAAUUGACAAUUAAUGUCGGAAGAAAUUAAUUGACUGAUAACUCAUUGGCAAACUUAAAUAAAUAAUUCUCUGCAUCUAAAUGGGUUUCACUAAAGAGUGUUAAUAUUAGUGUUCAUUAUAAUAAAAUUACUGAAUAAGGAGCUCGUAAACUAGGCAAAUUCCUCCAUAAUUUGCCUAUUUUGGUUAGCCUUUCGGUCAAUUUGAACUCUACAGAAGUUAAUUAAAAGGGUUUAAGCUUUAUAAUUAAUUAAUUGGGUCCACAAGUAAAUGCUUAGAUUUAAGCCAAACAAUCAAAUGUCAGUUAAGAAGAAGCAGCAGAAUUAAAUGGAAAAGGAGCAUCCUUGAGUAUUUGA